AGCGGACGGACGUACGUGCUAGCAGAUAGAGCGAUAAACUUAAUUCAAAUCUAAUAGCGUAGAAAGUAAACAACCACUAUGAUUGAUUCUUGAGCGGGCGUGUUCUUUUAAAUUCGUUUCAUUGAUCGAUUCUGAAAAGUAGAAUUAACAAAGACAAAUUUUAUAAGAUUCGCAAGCCUCGCGGAACGCUAAAAAUUGCGCGUGUGCGGGUGGAACAGUGACACUUGUGUGAAAAUCAUCGCCAAGGAAGAGGCGGAUAAUAAAAAGGAAAAACGCCCCCGGCGAAAAUAAUUGUAUUCGUGUGGGUGUGCAAAAAAUAAAGAAAAGUAUCAAUAGCAAAGAAGUUCGAGAAUUGCUAAAAAAUUAAGUGUGUGUGUGUGCGAGUGGGUGACAAAUGAUUGGGCAGCGAAAAAGAAAAGAAGUCAAUCGGCGAUAAUCAGACUCAACAAAUAAAGACGACUUUUAACGCAUGUUACGCACAAUAGUAGUUGGUCGUAAACACUAGGGGAUUUUGAACAUGAACAAAAAUGCCGGCGAUGGCAGCGAUGGCAAAAACUCAAACAAAAACUCGAAUGCAGGAGGGGGUGCUGGAGCCGGGGGGCCACAUGACCCCACCGGCCUUUUAGAUGCGGCUUCCCUGUUCGCUUACUGGGGACGUGAUCCCACUGGAGCGGCGGCUGCAGCUGCUUCGAAUCCGCUGUUCAACUCGCAGUUCAAUGCCGCCGCAGCUGCCGGAUUGGGUUUACUGCCACAGGCCGCGGGCGCUUCUGCCAAUGACCGUUAUUCCAUGGCCGCUGCAGCGGCGGCGGCGGCGGGAGCCCAUCAUCACCAGAACACGAUGGCGGUGGCCGCCUCCCAGGCCGCCAGUUUGGCCGGUUUGCAUCCAGCAAGCUGGUGGUCGAUGGCCCAACUAGCUGCCCAGGAUUACUUCAGUCGCCUGCAGGCCUCGGGUCUCUCGCCCUUUCCGCAUCCCGACUUGGCGGCCGCCUUUGGCCCAGCUGGCAUGGGAAUGGGCGGUGGUGCUGGCGGAGCAGGUGCUGGCGCUGGGGGAGCUGGAGUACUGGGUCAAGGCGGAGGCGGUGGCAAUGGCGGAGGAAGUGGCAACGGUGGAGGGGGCUCUUCAUCGGGUUCCUCGGGCAGCAAGUCGAACAAGUCGCGCAAGGAGAAGCGAGCUGCCCAGCAGCAACAACAACAGCAACAGAGCCUGGCCAACAGUCUGAAUGCAGCAGCAGCGGCGGCAGCAGCAGCUGCGGCAAAUAAUCCGGCAGCAGCAUUGGCCAGCAUGCACGGAUUCGGAGUGGGAGUGCCGGGCACCAGUAUUCCGUCGGUGAGCACGGGCAGCGGUUCGAUAUCCACCAAUAGCGGAGGUCACGGGAGCUACAAGAGCACGGCUAGUGCCUAUGGAAAACCCUCGACCAUGACGAGCAGCAGCAUGGCAAGCAAUCCGGGCUCUGCCUACGAUCCGGUGACCCUGCACAAGGAACUGCUGGCCAUGCAGGCCGUGGCAGCCGCCGCCUCCGGCUCGGGAUCGAGUGGUUCUGGUGGCAAGAAGUCCGGCGGAGGAGGCUCAUCCUCCUCCUCGAUGCACGGCCAUGGAUUGGGAAUGGGCAGCGGAGGUGGAAUGAUGUCCAGCAGCAAGGCUUCGACCAGUGUGAGUGCCAGCAAUUCAUCUUUGGGAGGAAUGCAUCCCAGUUUGGCCAGCAGCAAUCCGCUGAUGUCGCCGCAUGCGGGCUUGGGCUCCUCCUCUUCGUCAUCCGGCAAGGAUCGGGAUAAGAACAAUCCCUCGCUGAACGCUCUGAACUCGCUGUCGCAGUUCGGAGCGCUUGGCAUGACGCCGCAGCAGAGCAUGCAGGCGGCCAUGAAUGCAUUUGCGGCCAGCACCGGAGUGUCGCCCUCCGCCACGGUCACCUCAUCGCCACAUCACUCCUCCCAGCAGCAGUCGCAGAUGGGCGGUAACAGUUCCAAUUCGGGAUCGGGCAAGUCCAGCGCCAAGGAUUACAUGAUGGGCACUGGCAGUGAGCACCCAUCUUUGUUGGGAGUUCGUUUACCACCGGACACGGAGAUCAUCAAGUACACGUCCUCGAUUGUGGGACCCAAGAUACCUGGUACUACCUCGCGCGGUCGCAAAAAGACUAUAUCCGAAACAGAACAGCAAACCACACAACAACAACAGCAACAACAACAAUCACAGAAACAACAACAACACCAAGCAGAACAACACCUACUCCAACAACAACAACAACAGCAACAAGCACAAGCACAAAAAGAGCUCGACAGCACCACAAAUGCCAUUUCCUCUCUGCUUGCCUUUUCAGGUCUCAGUCCCGCGAAGCGGGCUAGACUCGAAAUGGAGUACGCAGCAAUGGCUGCGGCUGCCCAGCAGCAGCAUCAGCAGGCGCAGCAGCAACACCAGCAGGCGCAGCAGCAGCUGCACGGGAUGCUGGGAGCAGCCGGUAUCCCCGGAAUGGCUGGACUGGUCGGGCUGCCGGGCAUGAGUGGUGGCAACCCGCUCGAUCAGUUGAGCGUGAGCAAGGCCAGCUCCUCGACGGCGGCGGCCACCACCAGCACCAGUUCCUCCGCAUCGGGUAGCAACCUGCUCAACCAGAGCUCCAGUGAUCGCGUGGAGGUGAUCAAACUGCCACCCACCAUCACCUCCAAUGGCGCGUAUAACCUUUCGAGCAAGGGAAAAGAGGUCCACGACCUCACCACCGAUCUGGCGCCAACUUCUGGCGGUGUGAAUCUCAGCCUGAAGGCAAAUGCCAAUGCAUUGACACCCAGCGGAGCCGUGGGCUCGGCCUCCAAUCCCAUCACCAUCGAUGACUUCGAUGCGCCACUCAAUCUUUCCAUGAAACCCUCGGAUAAGAGCAACACUGGCUCGGCAAAUGCGGCAGGAGGAGCUUCCUCCUCUUCCUCAGCAGCGCUGGGCAAUCUAGCUGGUGAUUAUCAGGCGGUGGCCACUGGCCAGAGCGGAAACAGCCUGCAGAGCUUGAGUUCCAUCACGGCUGCGUUGGGCGGAACUGGAGGAAUGCCAGGUGGUUCCAUUUCGGGCAGCGGGGGAACCUCUCCGGCUCCAGCAGGAGCUGGCUCUGGAACAGCUUCGAAUUCGGGAUCUGGUUCCGGCGGAGGAGGAGGAGGAUCUUCCUCUUACAAGGAGGGCAGACCUCGUAAUCUGGGACGCGGUGUAUCCAAGCCCAAGAAGAACACGGUGGCUUCGCUGUUGGCUCAAUCCCGAGCUGUGGGAUUAAAGCCCAUGUUGGCCACCCAACAACUGCUUCAACAGGGUGCUGAUAUUGAGAAAAUCCGUUUGGCGCUAAGCGAAGCCAAUGCCCAUAUGGAAACCUCGACGGAUUCCGAAAGUGUGGCUGCCGAAAGUGGAUUAUCUGAAUCGGAGAGUGAGGAUGCUAAUAUCUUGAACGUGGCUGAGCUACGGGUGCCACUGGAAUUGGGCUGGAAGCGGGAGACGGUGAUCCGUGGCCUGACCAAACAGGGUCAGAUCCGUGGCGAGGUCACCUAUUACGCUCCUGGCAGCACGACUCCUCUGAAGAGCAACGGACAGGUUUUUGCUAUUCUGGAGCAGCAGCCAUCGAAUCUGAGUCGUGAGAACUUUAGUUUCUCGGCUCGAGCCAUUGUUGGUUCGUUCCUGCAACCUGCACCACCACCGUAUGCCAAUGACGGGGAGUACAUACGGAUGACGGACGAGGAUGUGGCCAAGCGACUUGAGGAUCUCAAGGUCUUCACUCGCCAGACACUCAAUGUGGAGCAGCGCAUCGAGAUUGCCAAGCAGCAGCAGGCGAUGCGCGAUGCCAAGAAGUUGCAAAAGGAGGAAUUGGCCAGGAAUAAGGAGAAGGCGCGCCAGGAGAAGAACUCCAAGCUGGAGCAGCAGCGCAAGGACAAGGAGCUCAAAAACCAGCAGGCCAUCGAGGAGCGCAAGAAGCGUCAGGAGGAGUUGGAUCGCCUAAAGCAGGAGGAACUGCUCAAGAAGCAACAGGAGAAAGAAAAGCGUCGUCAGGAGGCCAUUUUAGCUAAGGAACAGGAACUACAAAAGCAGAAAGAGAUGCUGUUGGCUGCCGAAAUGGAACGGGAGCGUCGUCGCCAGCACAUGAGUCUCAUCCGCAUGCUGGAGCUGCGUCGCAAGUUCGAGGAUCGUGAGAAGAAGAAGCACCAGUUGGUGCUGGAUCGCCUGCUUCUUCGCGAGCGUCGCAUGGCGGAGCGAAAGCGCGAUGCCGAGAUUCUGCAAAUCAUUCGACGGCCCAACGAAGACUCGGAACUGCCGCAAGAGCUGGUCAUCCCAGAGCUGGAGAGGAUUGCGGGCAACCGUCUGCCCGGCCAAGCGAUGGCCGAUCUGCUGAUGGUCUUCGAGUUCCUGCACAACUUUGGGGAAACUCUGGGCUUCGAUAUGGAGUCACUUCCAUCGCUGCAGAAUCUGCAUGAUGCCCUAAUCAGCGACAGCAGCGUGGAUGCCGAGGAGGAGCUGCUGUCGGUGAUGACCCAUCUGCUGGUCUGUGCCAUCGAGGAUCCGGGAGUUCCUAAUCCCGGUCGCCACACCACUUUGCUGGGACAAUCGCUUCGCAAUGCGGAUAUCACAAAUUCGAAUGUGUCGGAGAUCCUGAGGAUUUAUCUGUAUGCCACUGCAACAGGGGAAGUGCGUCAAAUGCACGGCAUCACUGUGGAUCGCGAAAGGGAGAGGAGAGUUCCCGAUCAUCACCAGCUGGACGCCGAUUCCGCUGUAUCGCAUUCGGUAAAGAAUCAGGAGUACUAUAAGUUACUGCAUGAGAACGACACUUGGAAGUUGUCGCAAUCGCUGAAGGAUCGUCCCUUCGUGGCGCUGAAUCCCACCAGGAAAGCCCAGAUGCUGGCCCACCUCUGCAACGAUCUGCUGAUGAACAAGGCCGUGCUGCGCCAGAUCGAUGGCAGCCUCGAGACCUGCGCCCAGAUGCGCAAGGAGAAGUACAUGACGGACAUGAAGGUGCGCAAAUACAAGGCGCUCCACAUGCGCAAGGCUCGGAUUGAGGCCUACGAACGAGCUCAAGCGGAGCGGGAGGCGGCGAUGCAGGCACUGAUGGCCCAGCAGAAGCUGGAUGCCGAGAGGUUGAAGGCGGAGGAGGAGGCCAAGGCGGCGGCAGCGGAGGAAGCAGCAGCUGCUGCCGGAACCGAUGGAGAGACCGCCAAAGGUGGCUCACCGAAUGGCGAGAAGCCGGAGGAGGAGGAACAGGACGAGCAGGCGGCCACAAAGGAUCCCCAGCAGCAGCAGCCCAUGGAGGUGGAUGGUGUAGUCGAUGAGGAAUCCCUUGUUAGCCCAGCGAAGAGCAUUAUUCCAGCGGAAAACAAUCUGACGCCCAGCAAACAGGAGAUGGCCACGCCCACCUAUCAGAUAAAUGGAUCCAGCACACCGACAACCAGUGGAGCCACUGGAGGCGACAUGAAUGCCCUGCUGCAGGCCAAGAAGAGCGGAGCACGCAACUCCAUGAACGAUGAACACCAUCACCAUGACGUUAGCAUCAUUGAUGAUGAUCUAUCCGAUUUGGAUUCGGAGAUUACGAACGUGGAAGAGGACGAGGACAAUCGCUUGAGUGCCGACGAACUGCAGAAGAAGCUGGACAAGAUUGUGCGCGCUUCGCUCAACUGCAAGGAGGCGCUGGAGAAGAGCACCAAUCAGCUGAGAGCCGCCUGCUUUGGCCAGGAUCGCUUCUGGCGUCGCUACUGGAAGUUGCCCAAGGCGGGAGGAAUCUUCAUUGAGGCACUCGAAUCGGCACAAAACGAUAUUUGCGGUUAUCAUGAGGCACUGGAGGGCAUGGAUGACAAGAAGGAAGCUCCUGGCGAGAAGGAGAACUCGGAGAAGGAGAAAACUGAAGGGGAAACCACUGAACAACCAAUGGAGGUGGAUGAAUCUCCUAAUCAGGAGGAGGGAGUUCCUGCCCAGAAUGCAGAAACAACCGAGAAUAAUCAGAAUCAGAAUGCCCAUCAAGAGGAGGAGGACGACGAUGAUGAUGUUACGGAAAUCAACAAGGUGGAACCGGAGAUCGUUGACCUCGGUGAUGAUGAUGAUGAUGCAGCUCUGCCACUGCCCAAGGUGGAACCUCCCAGGCCAGAGAUCAAGGUUAAGUCCGAGAUGGAGUUGAUGGGCCCGCCGCCGACGACGAUGAUUGCCACCAAGACGGACUUCGAGGCGGAGAUCAAGAUUCCCGCCAUGCCCGGCAUUCUGAUGCCUCCAAAUCUCAACAACAACAACAACAGCAAUAACAACAAUAACAACAAUAACAACAACAACAAUGGAAGCGACAACUGUGAUAAGUUGGAAGCCGCCGGUUUGAACCAGCAGCAGAACUUUGGCCAGGCAGUGAUCAAGAUGGAGGAUCUGAAGAAGGAGGACGACUGCAUCAUCGUGUCCACCACGAGUGCCGACGAAACACCCAAGUGGUUCUCCAUUGUCCGUCGCGAGGUGCCUCUAAUCAGUGAACUUCCAGCGGAGGAGGGUGGCGUUGUGGGUCAGGAGCUGCAGAACAGCUUCGCCAACCAGAACUGCUCCGCCCAGCUGCAGUUGCAGGGACAUCCCUGGGAUCUGAUCAACAACAUGCAGUACUACUCCAUACCGAUGGACGAGUGCAAGGUGGACACCAGCAAGCUGGCCAACGAAUGCAUCUUCUCGCUGAGCGGCCUCGAUGAAAAGCAAAUUGUGGCCAAGGUGGAGGAGUUCAAGGCCCACAAGGUGGAGUCAAAAAACGGUCUGGGCUCUCCUCAUCGCCACCACGAGACUGAAGAUGAUGAGGAGCGGGCCAAGCUGAAGUUGUUGGAUAAGGAUAUCGAUGCAGUCGCCGCCGCCGGUGGAAUGGAAACGGAUGCGGAUGAGCUGGCUGCCGCCGCCGCCAAGGAGAAGUUUUUUCGCUUGCGCUCUGAUGCCCCGGACACGGGAGGUGGGACAAAUGAAAGCAACGAUGUGAAGCCCAAGAUGGAGCUCCGCUUGGAUGAGGCUCUGUCGCAGGCGUACUACCACAACAUAGCCAACAUGUCGCUGAGCAGCGUGCAGACCUACAUACCCAUCGACAUACCGCUGCCGCUCUCCAUGACCCCCGAUGAGCAUCGUCUGCUGGAGCAGGUGAAGCUGGCCGGCUUCCCGGAUCGCGUUCAUGGCGUCUAUGUGCCGCGCAGGCAGCGUUACGGUUGGUGGCAACUGGACGACGAGCAGAAGCUUCGCCAGCUGCUGAAGACCCUCAAUCCUUCGGGUUUGAGAGAGCGCGAACUGCAGGAGAACCUCCAGCGAUUCCUUGGCCUGGAACAGAAUUUGGGUGUGAACUAUCAGCUCAAAUCCGAUGUGGAGUUCCCAGAGGAGUUCCUUAUGCCGGACAAGAAGGGCGACUGGAACCCGAAGGUGGCCAAGCGGGUGGAGCUGGCCCUCAUCGAGCAGCUGGAAUCGCUGGAGGACAAGGUGGCCAGUGCCUCCAUGCAGCUUAAGAACUGGCAGCUGCCCAACCGCGUGGAGAGUGAACUCACCUUGGAUUCGCAGGAGGAUGUCACCGAGGAGGAUUUCGUGAGCAUAAUACCCAUGAUCCGGGAGAGGAUCAUCGACUUGGAGGCCAACAUCGAGAGGCGCUACUUGAAGCCGCCGUUGGGUUCGCAGACGGGCGAUGCCCACUUGGCGGUGAUUGCCCAGAACCAGCACACCACCACCCAGACGCAGAAUUCCGCAUCGGCGGCAGCGUAUCUCCUGCAGAUGCAACAGCAGCAGCAGCAACAGCAGUUGGCGCAACAGCAGCAGCAACAGCAACAGCAGCAGCAACAACAGGGAUCGGGAACGGGCAACAGCCUGAAUCCCUCCUCCUUCAACGAGAGAACGAUGGCUCUGGCGGCGGCGGCAGCUGCCUCGGGAACCGGAGGAGCAGCACCUGGAGGAGCCAACCCGGCAGCCGCGGGAGGAGCCACUCCCUGUGAAUCUGGAAGUGGGGAACCCACCUCCGGCAAUGCAUCGCCGGCCAGCAAUUGCGAUAGCGAUCGAGACGAGAAGGUGGAACACAUUCCCAAGGGUCUGGUCCAGUGGCGCGAUGCAGUGGCUCGAUCCCAUACCACCGCCCAGCUGGCGAUGGCCUUGUACGUCCUGGAAUCCUGCGUGGCCUGGGACAAGAGCAUUAUGAAAGCGUAUGCAACAAAAAACAAGUCCAGCAAGAAGAAGAGCAGCGCCAAAAAGCAGGCAACGUCCGUGAAAAAGCAGCAAAAGAAGAAAAAGGAGCAGCAAUUGACCCCCAAUGGGAAGAAGAAGAAGCAGGAGACGCCAACCAAACAGCAAGAGCAAAAAGCUCCCCUGAGCAUCAAAAUCAACCUGAAGGCUCUCGCUCAAAAUGGACACGCUACGCAGCAGCAGCAGCAGCAUAAAAACCAAUCGAAGAGCCCCAUAAAAACGAAAUCCCCAUCACCACCACCUCCAUCUCCAUCCCCAUCCCCAUCCUCAAACACUAGCGACUCCGACACGGACUUUGGCAAACGGACGACGAAGAAGAGCGCAAAACGCAGACGCUCGGCGAACAAUACAAACUCUAGCAAAUAUUCAAAUUCCUUACAGAAUUGCCAGUUCUGCACGUCCGGCGAAAACGAGGACAAGUUGCUACUGUGCGAUGGAUGCGACAAGGGCUAUCACACCUACUGCUUCAAGCCCAAGAUGGACAACAUUCCCGAUGGCGAUUGGUAUUGCUACGAGUGCGUGAACAAGGCGACGAAUGAACGCAAGUGCAUCGUUUGCGGUGGCCAUCGACCAUCGCCAGUGGGCAAGAUGAUCUACUGCGACUUGUGUCCGCGUGCCUACCACGCCGACUGCUACAUUCCACCGCUGCUGAAGGUGCCGCGUGGCAAGUGGUACUGCCACGGCUGCAUCUCCCGUGCUCCGCCGCCCAAGAAACGGAGUGCCGGUGGCUCCACCAGCAGCAGCAGCAAAUCGCGAAGGGACAGGGAUCGAGAUUCGGGAGGAUCUGCCAAGCGACGCAGUGACAACAGCAAGACGCCACAGGCCAUGGAUCACAUGCAACAGCAGCAACAGCAGCAGCAGCAACAGCAGCAGCAGCAACAGCAGCAGCAGCAGAUGCCACUGGCAGGCGGGGAUGCCCACCAACUGCACCAGCACCACCAUCAUCAUCAUCAGCAGCAGCCGCCGUCGCUGAACUCCUCGCACGAUGAGUCGAUGAAUUCGCUGCCGGCGGCGCCACUGAGUCCGGCGCACUCGUUGGCCGCCUCGGUGGCCACCGCCACCACCACGAACUACGAGGACCAACAGCAGCAGCAUCUUGCGAACAACUCGAUCGAUGGCAGCAACAGCCGCUUCCAAGCGCAUCACAUCCCCCCGCCCAAUAAUAACGGCACUGCGACGGCGCUGCUGGAUGAGGUGGUGCCUCUUCCAAUCGGUGUGAUGCCCAGCGGCUAUCCAGUUUAUCCGCCAGCUGGCGGUAACUUCUCGGCCGGAUUGAUUAACCCAACAGCAGUGCCGCCAGCCAUGCAGUUUGCCGGCAAUGCGGUUGCCAUGUCGCCACGGGCCGUCACGCCCACUCGUACCCGAACGCCCACACCGACGCCGGCGCCCACACCGCCACCACCACCGCCGCCGACACCGCUGCUCAUGCAGGCCUCGCCCACAGCCGCCGCCCUCCACGUAACCGCCUGCCAGUCGCCACCCCAACAGCAUCAGCAGCAUCAGCUGAUGACCAUGCCCUCGCCACCAGCCAUUGGAGUGGGAACGGGAACGGGAACGGGUAGCAACCAAAUGUCGCCGCCACCCAUCAACAUACACGCCAUUCAGGAGGCCAAGGAGAAGCUGAAGCAGGAGAAGAAGGAGAAGCACGCCACCAAGAAGCUCAUGAAGGAGCUGGCCGUCUGCAAAACAUUACUAGGGGAAAUGGAGCUCCAUGAAGACUCCUGGCCAUUUCUGUUGCCAGUGAACACCAAGCAGUUUCCCACAUAUCGCAAAAUAAUCAAAACUCCCAUGGACAUGUCCACAAUCAAAAAGAAACUGCUGGAUUUGAGCUACAAAACCCGUGAGGACUUUUGCGUGGAUGUGCGCCAGAUCUUCGACAACUGUGAGAUGUUCAACGAGGACGAUUCGCCCGUUGGAAAAGCAGGGCAUGGAAUGCGCAAGUUCUUCGAGUCUCGUUGGGGCGAGCUGACCGACAAGCACUCCUGAUCCUGCACCACGAUUCCGCAGCAGAUUCCAAUGGCCACUGGCAACAGCAGCAGCACCACCGCUGCUGGCACCACAACCACCCAACCCAUUGAGAUAGUCACCCUGAUCGCCACUUCGCAGGAGGAGGAGGCUGCCGUGGAGACGACCACAGCAUUAACUGAAGCAGCACAAUUUUGGUCAAGAGAUUAGAGAUUAGUUUAAGCGAGAUUGUACAUAAAUUAGGGGGGUUAAAGACGGUUAGUUGUAGUCAGAAGCGCAGCAUACACACCUUAAUAUAUAUUUAUAUAUGGUAGAUAUAUAAACAAACACACACCCACUCACACACGCGAGAGUAUUCAACGUCCUACGUCGGUCAAGACCUUUGAAAGAGGUAGCUUUGAUUAAGUUAAUUCAGCAGCCAAGGCGAACAACCAACCAGAAGUAUGCAUGCGAAACAAUUGUAUUUAGUUUUUUAAGCAUCCGAGGGCGGCAACAGAAGCAGCAGCAGUAUAAACAAUAACUAUUAGCCGACAUAAACUAGCAAUUAGAGACCGUAUCGCAUAAGCAGCCAUCUACAGUGGGCACCCGGACAGGAUGAACGCUCACAAAUGACAAAUGAACACGUACAAAAACUGUCUACCAAUUUCCGAACCGAUCCGAUCCGAUUCGAUUCGAUCGAUCGAUCCAUCGUUUGAACAGUAUUUUGUGCACAAAGCCGCGUCGCUUUGUUUUCUACACUUUUAAUUGUAAUCUCUAAUUUUAACGAUUAUUUUAUAAAGCACCAACGAAGCGCUCAUUUAAGUUUUAAAGUGUAUUUUGUACUUAUAGCAACUCCGACAUCUGUAUUUAAACGUACUAUAUAUAUUAACUAGAGCUAACGAUUGCCCAGGCAAAACGCGAACCAUUAUACUCAAAAAGGCGGUGCGGUGCGAGGAUGAUUUGUAAAUGUAAAUGAAAGCAAAUUAAAAUUAAAAUUAAAUGUAUUAAAUUAUUUAUUCUGUGUAAAUUUUCCACACUGUAGUUGGUACUUUUUGAAUCGUAACUUUUGGCAAAUCGCAAAUACAACUCAAAAUCAAAUCAAA